AUGGAACCACUUAUCAUAGACAACCUGCAAAAAUUUGGGGAUGAAGAAGUUCGGUUAGGUAUCGAUGAGGCGGGAAGGGGACCUGUGUUAGGACCUAUGGUUUAUGCAGGAUUUUAUUGCAAUAAAGAAAAUGAGAAAUUAUUAAAAGAAAUGAAAAUUGAUGAUUCCAAAAAAAUAAGCGAAUCUGACAGAGAAAAGAUGUUCAUCAAAUUAAACAAUUCAACAUUGCCAUUUGGUUGGAGAAUACAUGUACUAAUGCCACAAGAUAUAAGUGCAAAAAUGUUAAAAAAACAAAAAUACAAUUUAAAUGAAAUAUCUCAUGAUACUGCUAUUUCCAUAAUUGAACAUGUUAUAAGUAGAGGUUGUAAUUUAACAGAAGUUUUUGUAGAUACAGUUGGAAAAGCUAGUGUAUAUGAGGAGAAAUUACAAAAAUUAUUCCCCCACAUAAAAUGCACAGUUAAAGAGAAGGCUGAUUCCUUAUAUCCAGUUGUAAGUGCUGCAUCUAUAUGUGCAAAAGUAACACGUGAUUUUCUUAUAAAAAAAUGGAAAUAUGAAGAACCAAUAAUUAACAUAGAUAAAGGGUUUGGCUCUGGGUAUCCUGGAGACCCAAUUACCAAAAAUUUUCUAAAAAAUAAUUUUGAUUCUGUUUUUGGAUUCCCAAGUAUUGUACGUUUUAGUUGGUCUACUGCUGACAAUAUGAUAGAAACUAUGGGUGAACAAAUAGAGUGGUAUGAUGACAUUGAAAAUAAUGAUUCAAAAGCUAUAAAGAGGAAAACACCCUUUGAUUACAGUAAAUUACAAAAACCUUAUGUUCAGAGAUCUCUAUUUUAUUCCAAGGUGGGAUUAGACCUUGUUGAAAAUUUGUGA